GCUACAUUUCCAAUCACCUAAACAGCCGGGCGAGGCGAGUGCGCCGACAAGGUUGGCCGCCCCGGAGGGUUUUGUGAGGGCGCGAGGUAGAUGGUGAAGCAGCCCGGCGGCGGAGGGCAGGCCAGGCCCCCAGGAGCCAACGCGUGAAGGACUUCGCGGCGGGAGCCCUGACCUGCUCCGGCCUCAGGCGCCUCCGCCCGGCUGUUAGCAUGAUGUCUUACCUCAAACAACCCCCGUACGGCAUGAACGGGCUGGGCCUGGCCGGCCCUGCCAUGGACCUCCUGCACCCCUCCGUGGGCUACCCUGCCACCCCGCGGAAGCAGCGACGGGAGCGCACCACCUUCACGCGCUCGCAGCUGGACGUGCUCGAGGCGCUGUUCGCCAAGACUCGCUACCCCGACAUCUUCAUGCGCGAGGAGGUGGCGCUCAAGAUCAACCUGCCGGAGUCCAGAGUCCAGGUCUGGUUCAAGAACCGCCGCGCCAAGUGCCGCCAGCAGCAGCAGAGCGGGAGCGGCGCGAAGAGCCGGCCGGUCAAGAAGAAGUCGUCCCCGGUGCGCGAGAGCUCGGGCUCCGAGAGCAGCGGCCAGUUCACGCCGCCCGCCGUGUCCAGCUCCGCGUCCUCGUCCAGCUCGGCGUCCAGCGCCUCGGCCAACCCGGCGGCGGCGGGCCUGGGCGGGAACCCGGUGGCCGCCGCGUCCUCUCUGAGCACACCCACCGCGUCGUCCAUCUGGAGCCCGGCCUCCAUCUCUCCCGGCUCGGCGCCCGCGUCUGUCUCGGUGCCAGAGCCCCUGGGCGCGCCGAGCAACGCCUCGUGUAUGCAGCGCUCGGUGGCCGCGGGCGCCGCCUCCGCGGCGGCCUCCUACCCCAUGUCCUACGGCCAGGGUGGAAGCUACGGCCAGGGCUACCCCGCGCCCUCCUCCUCCUACUUCGGCGGUGUGGACUGCAGCUCCUACCUGGCGCCCAUGCACUCUCAUCACCACCCGCACCAGCUUAGCCCCAUGGCGCCCUCCUCCAUGGCGGGCCACCACCACCACCACCCGCACGCACACCACCCGCUGAGCCAGUCCUCAGGCCACCACCACCACCACCAUCACCACCACCACCACCAAGGUUACGGUGGCUCCGGGCUCGCCUUCAACUCUGCCGACUGCUUGGAUUACAAGGAGCCUGCCGCUGCGGCUGCCGCUGCCUCCUCUGCCUGGAAACUCAACUUCAACUCUCCCGACUGUCUGGACUAUAAGGACCAAGCCUCGUGGCGGUUCCAGGUCUUGUGAGCCCAGGAGUGAGGAAGUGGAGAAGAAACGCAACUACCUGCGCCCUCCGAGGUCCCCACCCAGUUGCUGCUGCUGCACCGCUCGCCUUUGCCUUGGCUUUUCCAAAACUGAAUUUUCGCUCCCCCCAGAAGAUGGCCACUGCCUGCACUGCCGCUCCCAUCUUUGUGCCACUUGCCUGGGGGUGGAGGGUGCAGACCCUCUCCUCGGAGGUGGGGCCCGGUGCUUCUGCUUGGCCUCAGUUCCCUCCCAGGGUAGCAGUGUGCUCUCCCUCUCGACUCCUGCGCCACCCCUUUCCAGUCUUUCUGGACAGCUCUUCCGCACCCGGAGCCUUGGGAGGCUCUCCCGCUCUGACCCUGUCUGUUUUGAGCUCAACAGUCUUAUUUAUUAUUUCUGGACACUGAAGUCACUAACGGGCGUGUACCUACCGUUACACGAGUGUGGAGCCCAAUCCACACUCCUCCAAAUCAAACCCACCACUGUUCCUCCUAGCAGACUGUCGCCCCUCCAGCUGCCCUCCACCCAGCUCCCCGGCUGCAGGCCAGAGCGGCCAGCGUUUCCACCCCCAGUGGAAACGAGCGCUGGGCCAGGCCUGCGGGAGGAGGGUGCCCUGGCCUUCUUCCCUGACCUGCGCUGGACUGAUUCAAGCUUCCGCCUUGGCGGGAAUGCUGUACAUAGUCGGGUCCGUUCCAGGGACCCCUUAAAAAGUUUUUAGUUGCUGUUGGUUAAACUGAGCAUCUCGUUUUAGCGUCCAAGAAACAGAACUUUAAAAUAUAUACAUCACAUAUAUAUAUACACACAUAUAUAUAACAAGAGCAAAAACUAUUUCCCCUUUGUUCCCAUCCCCCUCCUUCUCAAAGGAUGCGGUUCUUAUCUUUCAGUUGUUACGAAGCUGUUCUUUCCACUUCUCACCUCCCUUUGUGUAUUUAUUAAAGAAACCCGCUUGGUUCCAGGAAGCUGGGCGCUGGAGGAUCGGAAGGGAAGGAACAGCUAAGGCAGGGUUCGGGCUGGGGGCCAGGCUGUGCAGUCUAAGCUCGGUAUCAAAGCUUCGGCUUAGAAACGAACAAAAGAGGUGAAGUUACAACCUUGCGGAAAAGCAAACCCAGCCGAAUCCCAGGUCCAAUUCUCUCCGUGAGCGUCUCUCUUUAAACACCUGUCUGUUCAGUGAGUUUUUAGUGAACCUUCAUUCUCCGAAAUCCGCGGAGAGUGCCUGUGUAUCUAUCAGUUUUGGUUUUGGCCACUCGGUCCAGUAGGUGGGAAAGUAAUUUGUAAAUUUGAUUUGUCCGAUGUGAAGAUCACAAAUUACUUGUUGAGAUGUGAGGCAGUCCGUCUCCUCUUCCUCUUUAUCUACAUUAUUUCCCCAAAAUAAAA